AUGUGCACUUUUUAUCUUCUGCUGAUUGCUGCAAUAGCGAUGGGUGAUUUGGCCUGGGCCACGCCCUCCUUGCGUACCGCCUCCGAGCCAGAGAAGAUUUUGAACUCCCUAGCUCAGCUGAGGCAGAGUAGCUUUCUGGACUGGAUCCAGUCGAUCCUGGGUCCCGAUGUUCCUUCCGAAUGGAGUUCUCCUGCCAAAAGGGAGUGUGCCGAAUGUUCCUGUGGUAAUAUUAACACCCGUCAUCGCAUCGUCGGCGGUCAGGAGACGGAGGUCCAUGAGUAUCCCUGGAUGAUAAUGCUCAUGUGGUUCGGUAACUUCUACUGUGGCGCCUCUCUGGUUAAUGAUCAAUAUGCCCUGACCGCUGCCCAUUGUGUGAAUGGUUUCUACCACCGUUUGAUCACCGUUCGCUUGCUGGAGCACAAUCGCCAGGAUAGCAAUGUGAAGAUCGUGGAUCGCCGGGUGUCCAAGGUGAUCAUCCAUCCGAGUUACAGUACCAGGAACUUCGAUAGUGAUAUUGCCUUGAUUCGUUUCAACGAACCAGUUCGUCUUGGCAUAGAUAUGCAUCCCGUGUGCUUACCCAUUCCAAGCGAGAGUUAUGCGGGUCAAACAGCAGUGGUCACCGGAUGGGGAGCUCUGAGUGAGGGAGGACCCAUUUCGGAUACGCUCCAAGAAGUGGAGGUACCCAUCCUCAGCCAGGAGGAGUGUCGCAACAGCAACUAUGGCGAAUCCAAGAUCACCGACAACAUGAUCUGUGCUGGUUAUGUGGAGCAGGGAGGCAAGGAUUCGUGCCAGGGUGACAGCGGUGGCCCAAUGCAUGUCCAUGGAGCCGGAGAGGCUUACCAUCUGGCGGGUAUUGUGUCCUGGGGCGAAGGAUGUGCCAAACCAAAUGCCCCGGGUGUAUACACACGAGUGAGCAACUUCAACGAUUGGAUUGCGGAGAACACCAGGGAUUCCUGUUCCUGUUCUCAGCCAGAAGGUCCCGGGGAAUCAGUUUCCCCCAUGAACACCACCGAACAGGGAGAACAGCAGAACACCACUGCCGAUGGGUCAGCAGAAGAAGAUCCCGAGGUUGUGGAGGCCAACAAGUUGGUUUAA